AUGGCUCUAGAUGCAACUAAAUGUUGGUUCAUAUGGAAAGAAAGAUGCUUGUGUGUGUUUAAAAAACAAGAAAGAACACCUGAACAACUUGUUGUAGACAUCACAAGGCAUUAUGCAUAUUGGCAUCCACAAACUAUUAACAUUGUCACAACACAACCUAGAAUUAAGACAGUGAUGCUUAAGCAAUGGAACUUUCCUGCAAAAGAUACUCUAAAAUUAAACUGUGAUGCCUCUUGGGUUUCAAAAUUCACUGAUGCAGGUUUUGGUUGUGUGCUUCGUAAUUGGUUAGGAACAUGCAAAGGAGCAGCAAUGGGAGUCUUCAGAGCAUCAACAACAGAAGAAGCAGAAUCUCUAGCUCUUCUGUAUACUACCAGAUGGGCUAAUCAGAACAAUCUACACAAUCUGGUCAUAGAAGGAGACAAUCAAAUCAUUAUCAACUAUCUGCAGGGGAAAUCAGUUUCAGUUCAAUGGCAGAGUAUACCUAUUCUGGAAGAUGUUAAAUCAGAAUCAUCUGAAUUAGUUUUUUUUUGGGCUUUAAACAUGUCGACAGGCGAGCCAACAAGGUUGCAGACUUAA